AUGCGCACCUCAGAGCAGGUGCAGCCGCAGCCUGCAGACAAGCCAGGGAGCUUUGAGGUCGAUGGAGACACCAGUGGAGCGCGGCCCAGCUCCGCAUGCCAGGCGAUUGCGCACGGCGUAGCGCCAGCGGAGCCUGUCCCUGAUGCUGACGCAUCGGACGCCGCCGGCAGCAGGCAUCCGGCGACCAACCGCAGCGGCGGCGCCGCCGAGGGCGACAAGCACGAACGGACGCUCUUUUUCGCAAAGGUUGCGCCCAGCGCGGCGCCUGAAGAGGUGCGGCGCGCCUUCGAGGCGUUCGGCCCCGUAGAGGAGGUCAACCUCUUCCGCGCCUGGGCGACGGCGCGCUCCUCGAAAGGCUGCGGGCUCAUCACCAUGGCGACCCCCGCCGGCGCCGCCGCGGCGCGCGAGGCGCUCAACGGGAAGCACGUCUGGGAGGGCGCGGACGCGCCCAUGGUGCUGGAAUGGAUGGCACCGGAGAAGCUGGGCGCGAAGCGCGACGGCGCCGCCGCGAGCAAGGCGGCCGCCGCGGCCGAGCGCGCGGCGGCGGCGGCGGCGGCAGCGGCCCAGCAUGCGCCCGUGGCCGCGCCGCCGUCUCAAGUAGCUGCCGCCGCCGUUAAGCAGCGGCGAGCGGCGCCGCGCGCGCCGCCGGGCUCAAGUGGCAGUAUGCUGGUUGAGUCCGGCGUCAUGGGCGGCGCCCCGCAUUCGGGGGCGUCCCUUCCAAACGGCGUUCAUGCCGACGCAAACUUCUCCGCCCCGGCAACCCUGCCGGGCCCCAGCUUCCUGCAGCUGCCCGCCAGCUUCCAGGCGCCCGCGACCCCCGCGACCCCCGCCCAGCCGCCGCCCUUGCUCGCGCCCCCUGUGGGCGCCGCGGCCGCAUGGCCGGCGGCGACGGAGCAGCCGCGCGUCGUGUACGUGCCCGCCUUUGACGCGGCGGGCGCUGCACGGGUGCAGGCGCCGCAGCCGCAGCCGCUGGCGCAGUUUCCGGCGCAGCCGCCGGCGCCAUUCCUCGCGGCAGAGCCCAUGCAGGUGGUCGCGGUGCUGCCGCCCGGCACUGCAUUCAUCGCCGCCGACGGCAGCGUCAACUUCAGCGGCGGGGGCGACGCCGCCUGCGCCUCUGCUGCCGUCAGCGAUGCCUCUUUCUCUUGCGGCGCCCCGAGCCCCGGCCCCCGCGUCGGUGUCGCCGGCACUGACGCCGUGGUGGCCCCUUUCAGCAGCGCCGGGAGCUAUGCAAGCCUGCGUUUCCCUGCUGCUUCCGCUCUUACAAGCAGCAGCGUCGGCGGCGAUGGCGGGUUGCAAUUGGGGGACGCUUGCGGCGCGCUCGGCGGGCAGCAGAUUGGCCACCCCUUCAGCUUCCAGGCGCCGCAGCAGGUGAGCGUGCCGCGCGCGAGCGCACCUCACCCUGCUGCGGAACCUGCUGCGCUGCGGACGAACGGGCGCCGCUCAGCCAUGCGCCCCCCCCCCUCCUCGUGCACCCCCGCUUAA